GCUGCCCCCCGCCGUUCCGGCCGCUGACGCCCAGCGGGUCUCGGACCCACAGACCACCUCUUCUCCUUUUGUGUCCCACCAAAGAGGCGAGGUGGCGCAAAGCGAGGCCUCCGAGGCGCAGCCGCCCCUGGCUGGACCCUCUCCCCGUACCCCCAGCCCCUCGCCGUCCCCACGGCCGGCGUUCCGCUGCCUCUCACCCACCCCUCCGGGGGCGAUGAGAGGCUUCGGGGACCGGGGCCGCGACCGAGACCGCGGCGGGUUUGGAGCAAGUCGAGGAGGUCCUCUUCCUCCAAAGAAAUUUGGUAAUCCAGGGGAACGUUUACGUAAGAAAAAAUGGGAUUUAAAUGAGCUGCCCAAGUUUGAGAAGAAUUUUUAUGUGGAACAUCCGGAAGUGGCCAGGCUUACGCCAUAUGAAGUAGAAGAAUUGCGAAGGAAGAAGGAGAUAACAAUUCGGGGAAUGGAGGGCUGCCCCAAGCCGGUGUUUGCCUUCCACCAGUGUAGCUUUCCACAGUACGUGAUGGAUGCCUUGAUGGACCAGAACUUCACAGAGCCCACUCCGAUUCAGUGCCAAGGCUUUCCACUGGCCCUCAGCGGUCGUGACAUGGUGGGCAUUGCACAGACCGGCUCUGGGAAGACACUAGCAUACUUGUUGCCUGCGAUUGUUCACAUCAACCACCAGCCAUAUUUGGAGAGAGGGGAUGGCCCAAUUUGUCUGGUUCUGGCACCUACUAGAGAGUUGGCCCAGCAAGUGCAGCAGGUGGCUGAUGAUUAUGGCAAAUGUUCAAGACUGAAGAGUACCUGCAUAUAUGGAGGAGCACCCAAAGGUCCCCAGAUCAGAGAUUUAGAAAGAGGUGUGGAGAUCUGCAUUGCUACACCAGGUCGCUUGAUUGACUUCCUUGAGGCUGGAAAGACCAACCUUCGUCGGUGUACGUACCUGGUGCUGGAUGAAGCUGACAGAAUGUUGGACAUGGGAUUUGAACCACAAAUUCGUAAAAUUGUUGACCAGAUAAGGCCUGACCGCCAGACUCUGAUGUGGAGUGCCACCUGGCCAAAAGAAGUGCGCCAGCUUGCUGAGGACUUCCUGCAGGACUAUGUUCAGAUCAAUGUGGGAAACUUGGAGCUAAGUGCCAACCACAAUAUCCUGCAGAUAGUGGAUGUAUGCAUGGAAAGCGAGAAAGACCACAAAUUGAUACAACUGAUGGAAGAAAUCAUGGCAGAGAAGGAAAACAAGACUAUCAUCUUUGUGGAGACAAAGAGGCGAUGUGAUGAUCUCACUCGAAGGAUGCGCAGAGAUGGUUGGCCAGCCAUGUGUAUCCAUGGAGACAAGAGUCAGCCAGAAAGAGAUUGGGUGCUUAAUGAGUUUCGUUCUGGAAAGGCUCCUAUCCUCAUUGCUACCGACGUUGCAUCUCGUGGGCUAGACGUGGAAGAUGUUAAAUUUGUGAUAAACUACGACUAUCCGAACAGCUCCGAAGAUUACGUGCACCGUAUCGGCCGUACCGCGCGCAGUACCAACAAAGGUACUGCCUACACCUUCUUCACGCCGGGAAAUCUGAAACAAGCCAGGGAGCUUAUCAAAGUCUUGGAAGAAGCCAAUCAAGCCAUCAAUCCAAAGCUGAUGCAGCUUGUGGACCACAGAGGAGGAGGAGGUGGCGGUGGAGGAGGUCGUUCUCGUUACCGAACGAGCAGUUCAGUAAACAACCCUAACCUGAUGUACCAGGAAGAGUGUGACAGGAGGCUCCGGGGAGUGAAAGAGGGCCGGAGAGACUCAGGUGGCUUCAGAGACCGUGAGCGUGGUGAAAGUUUUGCCAACGGAGCCAACAAGACCUAUGGCAGUGCCUACGGGAGCCCAAAUUCUACUUUUGGGGCAGCACAGAGCCAGUAUGGUUACACUCAAGGGAGCUAUGGAGCAGCUGCCUAUGGCACGAGUGGCUAUGGCACUGCAGAGUACAGUGCUAGUGGCUAUGGUGCCAGCACCACAGCUGCCACGGCUGGGAGAACCUCACAGAGCACUACCCAACAGCAGUAUGCAGGGAUGGUGGGGCGCUCGGGCCAGCAGCCACAGCCGCUCAUGUCACAACAGUUUCCACAGCCCCCUGCCACUAACGUGAUGGGCUAUAUGGGACAGACUGCCACCUACCAGUACCCACCCCCUCCCCCGCCCCCACCC